CCCUAGGCUCAUCCGCCAUGACCAAACUGAGCGCCCAGGUCAAAGCCUCCCUCAACAUCACCACCCCCGGGGUGCAGAUAUGGAGGAUCGAGGCCAUGAAGAUGGUGCCUGUUCCUUCCAGCACCUUCGGAAGCUUCUAUGAAGGCGACUGCUACAUAGUCCUGGCUAUCCACAAGACCGGCAGCAGUUUGUCCUAUGACAUCCACUACUGGAUCGGCCAGGCCUCGUCCCAGGACGAGCAGGGGGCGGCUGCCAUCUACACCACACAGAUGGACGACUUCCUGAAUGGCCGGGCCAUCCAGCACCGUGAGGUCCAGGGCAACGAGAGCGAGGCCUUCCGAGGCUACUUCAAACAGGGCCUUGUGAUCCAGAAGGGGGGUGUGGCUUCUGGCAUGAAGCAGGUGGAGACCAACUCCUACAACGUCCAGCGGCUGCUGCAUGUCAAGGGCAAGAGGAACGUGGUGGCCGGAGAGGUGGAGGUGUCUUGGAAGAGUUUCAACUGUGGGGAUAUUUUUCUCCUGGACCUGGGGAAGGUUAUCAUCCAGUGGAACGGGCCAGAGAGCAACCGCAUGGAGAGACUCAGGGGCAUGACCCUGGCCAAGGAGAUCCGAGACCAGGAGCGGGGUGGGCGAACUUACGUGGCGGUGGUGGAUGGGGAGAAUGAGAAGGAGACCCCGAAGCUGAUGGAGAUCAUGAACCACGUGCUGGGCCCGCGGGGGUCACUGAAGGCCGCAGUGCCCGACGACGUGGUGGAGCCGGCGGUCAAGGCCGCCCUCAAGUUGUACCACGUGUCUGACUCAGAGGGAAAGCUGGUGGUUAGAGAAGUCGCCACGAGGCCCCUCACCCAGGACCUGCUCAAUCACGGGGACUGUUACAUCCUGGACCAGGGGGGCCUGAAGAUCUACGUGUGGAAGGGGAAGGAUGCCAACGCCCAGGAGAGGACAGGAGCCAUGAACCAGGCACUGAACUUUAUCAAAGCGAAGCAGUACCCGCCGAACACACAGGUGGAGGUGCAGAAUGAUGGGGCUGAGUCAGCCGUCUUUCAGCAGCUCUUCCAGAAGUGGACCCUGCCCAGUCGGACUUCAGGCCUGGGCAAAACCCACACCUUGGGCUCUGUGGCCAAAGUAGAACAGGUGAAGUUUGAUGCCACAUCCAUGCACGUGCAGCCUCAGGUGGCCGCCCAGCAGAAGAUGGUGGACGACGGGAGCGGCGAGGUGGAGGUGUGGUGCAUCGAGGACCUGGAGCUGGUGCCGGUGGACUCCAAGUGGCUAGGCCACUUCUACGGGGGUGACUGUUACCUGCUGUUGUACACCUACCUCAUCGGCGAGAAGAAGCACUACCUGCUCUACAUUUGGCAGGGUAGCCAGGCCAGCCAGGACGAAAUAGCAGCCUCUGCCUAUCAAGCCGUCAUCCUGGACCAGAAGUACAACAACGAACUGGUGCAGAUCCGGGUCCCAAUGGGCAAGGAGCCACCACACCUCAUGGCCAUCUUCAAGGGACGAAUGGUGAUCUACCAGGGAGGCACCUCCCGGGCCAACAAACUGGAACCAGUGCCCUCCACACGGCUGUUCCAGGUGCAGGGAACCAGCACCAACAACACCAAGGCCUUUGAGGUCCAACCCCGGGCCAGCUUCCUCAACUCCAAUGACGUCUUCAUCCUUAAGACCCAGUCCUGCUGCUAUCUGUGGUGCGGGAAGGGCUGUAGCGGGGACGAGCGGGAAAUGGCCAAGAUGGUUGCGGACACCAUCUCUCGGACAGAAAAACAAGUGGUGGUGGAAGGGCAGGAGCCGGCCAGCUUCUGGGUGGCCCUGGGUGGAAAGGCUCCCUAUGCCAGCACCAAGAGACUGCAGAAGGAAAGCCUGGCCAUCACCCCCCGGCUCUUUGAAUGUUCCAACCAGACCGGGCGCUUCCUGGCCACAGAAAUCCCUGACUUCAAUCAGGAUGACUUGGAAGAGGACGAUGUGUUCCUGCUCGAUGUCUGGGACCAGGUCUUCUUCUGGAUCGGGCAGCACGCCAAAGAGGAGGAGAAGAAAGCUGCAGCAAUCACAGCACAGGAAUACCUCAAGACACACCCCAGCGGCCGUGACCCCGAGACCCCCAUCAUUGUGGUGAAGCAGGGACACGAGCCCCCCACCUUCACAGGCUGGUUCCUGGCGUGGGAUCCCUUCAAGUGGAGUAACACCAAAUCCUAUGAGGACCUGAAGGCGGAGCUUGGAAACUCUGGGGACUGGGACCAGAUCACUGCGGAGAUCACCAACCCUAAACUGGACAUGUUCAAUGCGAAUAGCAACCUCGUUUCUGGGCCUCUACCCAUCUUUCCCCUGGAGCAGUUGGUGAACAAGCCUGUGGAGGAGCUCCCCGAGGGUGUGGAUCCCAGCAGGAAGGAGAAGCACCUGUCCAUCGAGGAUUUCACCAAGGCCUUGGGGAUGACACCUACUGCCUUCUCUGCCCUCCCUCGAUGGAAGCAACACCACCUUAAGAAAGAAAAAGGCCUGUUUUAAGAAGCAGGAGUGGUUGCGGUUGGAGAGCAGUUCCCUACCCUGCUUUCAAUUUCCUUGUUUUCAUGACUGGUGUAUUAGUCCUAUACUAAUUGAAGUGAAAUUUUACCUGUAAGCAACCUAUUCUUCCAGAAUGGUACCUCCAUAAGGACAGUGUGGUCCCAAUUUCAGCUCUUAAGAAGGUGGUCACAUGGUUUCGACCAUGGGGUGUUAAUGUCACUUUUAACCAUCCUGUUCUAGAGCUUUCCCUUCUUAGAAGAGCAAACACUCCACAGAACAUUCUAAUUCUGAGGAGUCAUCCCUAGGUUUUCCUCUCCUGUAAGUCGUUUUUAACCAUGGAAAGUGGGCUGAAGCCUUUUGCAGUUUCACAUCUUUCCCAGAGUAAUGGCUUUUCCUUCUCACAUACUUUCCUCACUGACUUAGGUGAGAAGUUAAAGGGCACUCCUUCUUUGCAAGAGUUGAAUGGCCCGGGAAAGGGCCCCGUUAGGAAGUUUCACAACACUAACCUGUUCCCAGAGAGAGCAGCAUACCCACUGGGUCUAGAACAGAGGUCAUUUCACCCCCGUCUGGUAAUAAUAAGGCAAAGGAAGAGCUUA